UACCCACAAAUUACCUUAUGAUAAUAAAAUAAUUUUCAAUAAAAUUGUCUCGGCAAUUCAACUUUAAAACAUUUAGGCAAAUAGUGAUUUAGACUAAUAGAAGAUUGUAUGAGGUGGUGUCCUAGUCAAAUCGUUUAAAAACGUCUUUUUUUCCAUCUGUCUACUGUGGCAGACCGACUGGUCGAAGGGCGUAUUCUCUUUGUAGCUAAAACUGACUGUCAGUAACUGACAGUACAGCAACUUUAAAUCAUUACCGUACCCUGGUGUUGAACUCGGGCGUACGAUCUUCAAAACAACUCGCAAACCCCCAUCCCCUAAUUUACGACAUUUAUUCACCAGCAUUUCUAGGAUGUUCGAUCGCUUUAUCCAUCUGAUUUGAAUUCGGAUUUGCUAUAAACAGACCAGACACAGUCUGUCUGUUAUACUGCUACAAGGUACUGGUCUUUCUGUUAAAGAGGUAGAAGAUGGCUUCACGAGGGAAGACAGAAACCAGCAAAUUAAAACAAAACUUGGAAGAGCAGCUGGACAGGCUGAUGCAACAGCUUCAGGAUCUAGAUGAGUGCAGAGAGGAGCUCGACGAGGAGGAGUAUGAGGAGACGAAAAAGGAAACCCUGGAGCAGCUGAACGAGUUCAGCAAGUCCCUGAACAAAAUCAUGUCGGGAGAUAUGACUUUAGUGGAUGAACUCAGCGGAAUGCAGCUGGCAAUCCAAGCAGCCAUCAGUCAGGCAUUCAAAACUCCAGAAGUGAUCCGAAUGUUUGCAAAGAAACAGCCCGGCCAGCUCAGGACAAGACUGGCGGAGAUGGACAGAGAUGUUAUGGUCGGGAAACUGCCUCGCAGUGUUUACACCUUGCAGAAAGUGGAAAUCCUCACAGCCUUGAGGAAACUGGGAGAAAAGCUCGCAUCAGAAGAUGAAUCUUUUCUCUCUGCUAACGCUAGUGCCACACUAAGCCAUUUUGAAAAAGUUUCUGGAGAUCUUGGAUCUGGAGAUAAAGUGCUUGCCUUGGCCAGUUCAGAAGUGGGAAAGGUAAAGAAGUAAAGCGGCCCUUCUCACCCUGUCCAAGACUGUCAAUUCUGUUUCCUCUCUUGGCUGUGACCAGUCCAUCUUGCAUGAUUUGUUGAAAUUUAAGAGAAAAGGAGCCUUCUGGAUCAUGGUGUGACAGUGUGGAUUGUGGGAGACCAGCCUUUGUGUUGAUGGAAGCCGUUUUAAUCAGUACUACGCAAUUUGGUACAUCGUAUCUAUAAAUGUAUAUUUUGAAUUUUCUAGCACUAGUGCAUGCCUUUUCUAGUCCAAACUUAUAAUGAUUUUUGUUAUUGAUCUUCCUCAUGUUGUUUAGUAAAAACACAAUUCUCAUAAAAAAAAAAAAGAAAAAUCAUGCAAAUUUGAUGCUAUGCUUCCAGGUUUUUAUAUUUCUAAUAAUUAUAGAAGAAAGCUAAGUUUCAAAAACAUUUGACAGUGUUUUACUUCGGAAUCUAUAAAACUACUUGAAGAUGUAGUUUAUAACCUCCAAUUGCUGCAAGUAUAACAAUAGUAUAACUGAUUAGCAUACAGCAAGUAGGGAGAAAACGUGUGUCUUUACAGAUCAUAAUAAUUUAGAGGGUGUAAACAAAUGGACUGUCAACAAGGUGUGUUUUCAUGUCAUUUUCAAGACUGGGACAAAGGACAUUACAUUUCAUGUACGCUUGGAAAAUGAACUGUCUUAAUAUCAUUCAGUCUUAAAACCAAGGUAUCUCUUUAAAGAAUUGUUCAUUUUUUUUGUAUCUUUUGCAUGCAUUCUAAAACAUUGUGUAUUUAAGUUUUGGGGUUUUUUUGGAAACUGUAUGUCUUCCACUUCUCAGUGUUUGUAUUUUGGUGGAUGCAGUUAGACCAUGCUCCACAUCUUUGUAUAGAUUAAAAGAAGUAACACAUUUUGAAGUUAUUUAAAGAUUGCACUAAACUGUAUUUCCUUGUGAACACGUUUUUAAUCUGAUUUCUAUGCAGGUUGUGGCUGUGCUAAUCUUGUCCAAAACUUGUUGGCUUUUCGUGUAUGAUACAGCAUGUAAUAUUGAAUGUAUUUGGGUAUAAAGAAGACUGUUUCAACCUUUUUUUGUAAUACCUACUACUGAAAUAAUGACAGCACAAGCUGGUUUAUGUUGGUAAAAUAUUUGUACUUUUACAAUCCACCUAUUUCAAUUCUAAUAAAUGGUGUUGUUAAA